UAAGAUCGAGUGACGUAAAAGGGUAGGAACCUUAUUUUCUUACACAUUUGUUCCCUGGGGAAGAAAAAUAAAGUUGAACCUGUGUGAAGCUGGAAGCAUUGAAAACUCUGCCGCCUGAGCAGUUAUACGUUUGUAAUUUAAUUAUUCUUGAAAACUUACAUAAUCACGAAAGUAUAAGGUUAAAUAACUGAAUAUGUUGAUAUAUAUAAAUAUAUUUAUAUAAUAUAUGCGAGAUAUAAUAAUAACAAACCCAUGAAGACCAACACGCCUUACCAGUAGGUGGCGGUAAUGCGGCUUUACGCUGUGUGCGUUCUACCAUAAAACCUCAGAAGAAGACAUUCAAAAAUGACCGCGGUUAUGCGGCUUUACGCUGUGUGCGUUCUGCCAUAAAACCACACAAGAAGAUAUUCAUAAAUGACCGCGGUUAUGGAUACAUGUUUUUCUUUCUCUCUGUUGUUGUUUUUAUCAAAAGCUGAGUCUGCUGUGGUUCAGACUCAGCAGACUGUGAUAGCAGCAGCUGGAGGAGAAGCUCAUCUCAGCUGUCAGCUCUCACAACCUAAAGACGUCCUUCAAAUCACGUGGCAGAAAAUUGUAUUUGGAACCGAGGAAAACAUUGGAUCGUACAGCCAGCAGUAUGGAGAAAGAGUGGUUUCUAAAUUCAGAGGAAGAGUCCAGAUCAGCAGCUCUGGAAUGAAGAACAGCUCCAUAGUGGUGAGGAACGUUUCAGAGGAGGAUGGAGGAUGUUUCCUCUGCUUGUUCAACGCAUACCCUGAAGGAGCUCUGAAAGGAAGAACGUGUCUUCUAGUCUACGAGCUGGAUCAACCGCUGCUGCACGUCCGAGCUUCAGCUGCAGGGUCCGUCA